AAAAUGCAUACAAAAGGAAAAUACAAUUUACACGAAAAUGUAAUUAAACAGAAAUAUGUAGAAUGUUUUAAGAAGACGUUACACACAGUUUAAUGUCCAAAAGGAGCAAUGUGUACAUUCCUGGGUGAUUUUUGCACAUCCAUGCACAACCUUUAUUUGCUCUUUGAAAAUUAAUAUUUAUAUUCUUUUUGUGUGUACGUAAAUCUGAUUCUGAUUUAUAUACGUAGUAGCUUUAAUACGCAAAUAAUCAAUGAAAUCAUAAAAUUAAUAACAGUGCUCUGCGGAUGGAAAUGAAGUCACAAAAUAAUUUGCGUGUGGUCUAGAGUUUGGUCUAGUGUCUUGUUUUUUUGUUUUGUUUUGUUUGUUUUUUUAACUAAAACUGCAAGAAACCGCAAGAACCCAAUGCAGAAACCCCAUAAAUACUUAAAUGUUAGCCAUAGACUUUGAACGUAUAUACUGGCCAUAGACGAUAACCUAUGACCUCUCUGUUUGCUUAAAUCGUAUUGGCUAUAUAGCCGACGACAUGGGCGUGUCUAUUUAAGUAAUAACGAUUGUGAUUGGUUGUUGUAAGAAAAGUAGUGCCCGCCUCCAGCGUUCUCACCAGUCGCAUAUUACUCCGCUGAUUGGACGACUAGCUGUCACUCAUCGGGGAUAUUAAGGAAGAGGCGCAAACUGCCAAGAUGAAGCACUACGAGGUGGAGAUUCUGGAUGCCAAGACCAAGGACAAGCUCUGCUUCCUGGACAAGGUCGAGCCAAAUGCCACAAUCGGGGAGAUCAAGUCCAUGUUCCACAAGACCCAUCCUCAGUGGUAUCCAGCCCGACAGUCCAUUCGCCUUGACCCAAAGGGGAAGUCGCUGAAGGAUGAGGAUGUUCUGCAGCAUCUACCUGUGGGAACCACUGCAACGUUCUACUUCAGAGACCUGGGAGCUCAGAUCAGCUGGGUCACAGUUUUCCUGACUGAGUAUACCGGCCCACUGGUCAUCUAUCUGAUGUUCUACUUCAGGGUUCCUUUCAUUUAUGCCCCGAAAUAUGACUUUACCACCAGUCAACACUGGGUCGUACAUCUCGCCUGUAUGUGCCACUCCUUCCACUAUGUCAAGAGGCUCCUGGAGACGCUGUUCGUCCAUCGCUUCUCUCAUGGAACGAUGCCGCUACGCAACAUCUUUAAGAACUGUACCUACUACUGGGGCUUUGCAGCAUGGAUGGCCUAUUACAUCAACCACCCGCUAUAUACACCACCCAUCUACGGAGAGCAGCAGAUCAGACUUGCCCUCGUCAUAUUCUUGUUCUGUCAGAUCGGCAACUUUUCCAUCCACAUUGCUCUUCGGAACCUCCGUCCACCAGGCUCUAAGACCAGGAAGAUCCCCUAUCCAACCAAGAACCCCUUCACCUGGAUCUUCCUGCUGGUCUCCUGCCCUAACUACACCUAUGAGCUGGGUUCCUGGUUUGGCUUCACCCUGAUGACUCAGUGUCUGCCGGUGGCCUUCUUCACCUUGGUGGGUUUCAUUCAGAUGACCGUUUGGGCCAAGGGAAAGCACCGCAGCUACCUGAAGGAGUUCCGUGACUACCCUCCUCUCCGCUCACCCAUCUUGCCCUUCAUACUGUAGAGGAAUAGUUUGCCACUCCCUCACCCAUUCAGCUCUCCCUGUGUGUAUGAGUUGAGUAGAGACUUCUCCCUUUCCAGAAAUCAACCAACCCCCCCCCCCCCCCCCCCCCCCCCUCGCCUCCAAAAUCUACACUGGAACUUACUAGACUGACUGAAUAAAUCUUAGCCUGUGCCCCCGUUUUUCCUUUGAUACGGCCUUUCGCUUCUCCCUCCUGUCUUCAGCUUACGUUAUGUUGAGUGAAAAUUAACACUACUCUUUGCUGUAAUUUUUUUUUUAUCGCAGACAGACAAACCCAUUCUGGCUGGUUAACCGAUUUUUGUGUGUUUGAUCUCCCUGAGCAGUCUUCAGCUUGAAACUACCCAGUGUUUACAGAAAAACAAACAACUCUAAAUGACAACUUGUUUUUCAUCAUCUGAUACAGUUGUUUUGGGGUUAAAUCUGUCGCCAGCUAUAUUCAACACAUCUUAAACUCCUCAGUUUUGAUAUGCAUAAACCUUAAUCUGAAACCAUGACAGAAUUGAAUUUUGUUGACGUCUGAAGUAAUUUAUUAAAAAAAGUCAAUCAAA